GGGGCCGCGGUCACAAAGUGUUUACAAAGGACUUGAAGAUAUCUGGCUCUCUUUGUCAGCCUACAGACAGCUCGCAUCUCCUCUGUUCGAGCGCAUUACACCGGUGUCAAUUGUUGGUAUAUGCAGAGCUGAUCUGCUUAACGAUACUGUUUGUUCAUCAUCCCUUUUCUGCAUAAGAGUGCAUCGCGAAUGCUCUCGUCGCCUGCCUCCCCCACAGGAUUUUGAGCAUAUAAACCCACCAGGCAGAACAACAAUCUGAUUUCUUCCGCGUCAGACAUCUGUUGCGAAGCUUGCAGAUUGCGUGCAGUUUGGGAUGUCGGACCUUAUCAGCGGAGGCUCCAUUGAUCUCGACAGCUGCAUCGAACGACUCUAUAGAAGAGAGAAACUGGCAGAGUCUGUGGUUGAGGCGCUGUGUACAAAGGCAAAAGAACUGCUUAUCAAAGAGAGCAAUGUCAUUCAUAUUAAGGCGCCUGUGUCGGUAGUAGGAGAUAUUCAUGGGCAAUUCUUCGACUUGAUUGAACUUUUUAGAGUGGGUGGAUUCCCUCCAAAUACAAACUACCUCUUCCUGGGAGACUAUGUCGAUCGGGGUUAUUUCAGUAUAGAGACAAUGACCCUCCUCACCUGCCUUAAAUUGAGAUAUCCAAAUCGAAUAUACCUAGUCCGGGGAAAUCACGAGUCGCGGGGUAUCUCGCAAAACUACGGCUUCUAUAGCGAGUGCAAGGCGAAAUACGGCAACGUCAAUGUUUGGAAUUGCUUUACAGAUAUGUUUGACUAUCUAACACUUUCUGUUGUUAUUGAUGAUCGGAUUUUUUGCAUUCAUGGAGGACUGUCGCCGAACGUGCAUUCUAUAGAUCAGAUAAAAGUUGUUGACAGGUUCAAAGAGAUUCCACAUGAGGGCCCCAUGGCAGAUCUGGUUUGGUCAGAUCCAGAUCCUGAGAAAGAGGAUUUCGGCAUAUCAACUAGAGGAGCAGGCUACACAUUCGGCGCCGAGAUUGUCAAAAAGUUUUUACACGUGAACGACAUGGUGCAUAUAUUACGCGCCCACCAGCUGUGUGAACAAGGAUUCCAAGUUCUGUUCGACGACCGGCUAUCAACAGUCUGGUCCGCGCCAAAUUACUGCUACCGCUGUGGCAACCUUGCCUCGGUACUUGAAGUCAGCGCUACCGGAGAGAGGUUUUUCAAUGUAUUCGAUGCUGCGCCGGAGAAUGAAGAGUACAGGCAGCAGCAGGAGCAGCAUAACACAAUGACUGAAUAUUUCUUGUGAAUUGGCAGGUGUGCAUCGAGCUCAGUCUUCUCACUAAUGUCUGUUCGGUCGGAUUACGAAUCGCAGAACGAGUGCUUUUUGAUCCGGUCGUACUCAUUCUUCUAUUUUCUUUUUACCCCACUGGUUAUUUGGCGCAUCUCGGCUGCUUGUGUGAUUAUUUGCAUAUAUUUAAGACUUCUGUCCCACUAGAACCAUCAUUACAUCUCUCUCAUUUUUAUCGAGCAAGCAG